AACUCCAUUGUUAGUUGUGGUGAAAGUUGUUUGAUUGAGCGCAGUUAUUUUUGUAAAAUGAUUAUGGCUGAUUUACACGUUGAAUGACCUUUUGCUUUGAGAUUAGAUUUUUUUAUCUUCAUAUUGUGUUGAAAAUGUCUUUUCAGAAUUCUUCAAUUGAAGUUACAGAAUUUCUUAUAGGUGGUUUUGAAACAAUCGGAAGACCUAUGGUAGUCGCUGUGGUUAUAUUGAUUACUUAUUUAAUAGCUACCCUAGCCAAUAUAGUAAACAUUGUCUUCAUUCUUUGUGACAAGAGAUUACACAAACCAAUGUAUCUUCUGAUUUGCAACCUUGCUGUUGUUGAUAUACUGAACACCUCCAGUGCUAGUCCAACAAUAAUUGGGGUUCUACUUGUUGGUGUUAAUACUAUAUCCUAUGUACCGUGCCUAAUGCAAAUGUUUAUUUUCCAUUUGGCAGCAGUGAUGGAGAUGUUUGCUUUAGCGGUUAUGGCAUUUGAUCGAUUGCUUGCUGUUAGCUAUCCUUUUCAGUACCAAAGUUAUUUAACAAAUGUUCGCACUCUUCUAUUGAUAUAUCUCGUGUGGAUUGUUGCCUGUAGUUUUGUGGCUGUAAUGCCGGCAACUGUGCUUCCUCUCCCUCACUGCUCCUCAAAGCUGAAGUACAUUUACUGUGACUAUGCUGCCAUUAUAAGAACUACUUGUGUUGACCCCACUUAUUACUUUAAUAUGAUUUCAAUCAUAUCAUCUUUUCUUCUGUUUUUCACUUUCAUUUUCAUUUGCCUGUCAUACUUUUGGAUCAUAGUUUUUGUGAAAUUAUCCUCAAAUAGUGAUAAAAGAAAAAUGGGCAGCACUUGUCUAAGUCAUUUUAUCGUAGUAACAUGUUAUUACAGUCUGUUAUUUAUCCGCAUUAUCUUGACCAGGUUAGGUGUGGUAUUAACUCUUGACGAGUGGAAUGGAUUAAUGAUCUGGACAAUCCUUGGCCCAUCUCUUGUAAAUCCUUUCAUUUACUGUCUUAGGACAAAAGAAAUGAGAUAUAAGAUCUUUCAGAUAUUCAAAAAAGUUCAAACAUCUCAGUAGAUUGUUGUGAGCUUUGAAUUUACUUUCAUAUACAAGUUUAUAGUCUAAGUAUUAUUGUUCUCAUUGUCAGUAAACUGUAUGCCAUUGUAUAAAGUGAUAUAUAAACAUUUGAAGUUGACAUAAUCAACAAAUGUAACAUUGGAUUAUCAUGUCAUACAAAGAAAAUUCAUAUGUACAACAGAUGCAAGUCUCAGAAACAUCUUAGAGCUGCAAGGAUUAGAUAGUAAACUAAAUAUCUUUAAACUGUUGCCAUUGUGAUGAAGACCAGGACUUGUUGAUUUGAAUGAGUCUAUUUGCAAAUAAGCUGAAGAAAACAGUACAACUAAUACACACUAUACACACAGAUCAACAGGUGGUCAAACAAGUCUAUCACACUUCCCUUUUAUGUACAUGUCAGUGGGUUUGGGUACAAUGCUAUAUUGGUAAGAUGAAAUAAUACAUUUGAAGUCA